AUGUUGUGUUACCCACAGAAAGUGCGGUACAUAAUGUGUGGUGUCGUAGCGGCAAGCUCGCUGCCUGCGUGUGUGUUUGAGUGGUCGGUGGAAAACUACGGCGACACCACUGCGGAGGUAGCCAUUUGUAUGACAUGGGUUAACGGCUACGGCGCAAAGGACGACAAAGCCGGUGGUCACCAGAACUAUGUCUUCAGCUCUAAUCAGCAAAAUGGAAAUGGAACAGCGUUCGGCAUUGAGAUGAAACACAAAACGGAUGGGGGAUCGCCUUAUUCCUUUGGCAUUUCGGCCUUGCAGCCAGAUGAUAGCGGGGAAACGUAUCAAGUGACGUAUGAAGCGAACUUCACUGCCAACGGCUCUGGCUCGCUACUCUGGAACCAACUGCUGACCACUGGGCAUCUAAAAAACGGAGACUCCUGCCAGGCCUCGCGCAAGGGCCAAGUCAUAGGGGCUGCUGUGAGCUGUAGUGUUCAGCCGAAACCCUCAGAGACGGUGGGCGACAUUUGUUUCACGCUCACCUGGGACUCACCGGAAGUGGACUUUCCAAAGUCGGAUGUCAUCGCACACAGACAAUAUACGCGAUACUUUGGAAACGACGGACGGGCGUGUGCUGGAUUGUGCAGUACCGCUACGCAAGACUACCGCGACUGGGAAAAGAAGAUUGACGACUGGCAGAGUCCCAUUCUGAAUGACAGUGAGCUGCCUGAUUGGUACAAAAGUGCGCUGUUCAACGAAUCCUACUUUGUCGCUGAUGGGGGCACGGUGUGGCUGGCGGAUAAAGAAGAUGAGAUCGGCAGAUUUGGGUACCUCGAGGGCCACGAAUAUCGAAUGGUCAACACAUACGACGUACACUUCUACGCCAGUUGGGCAUUGACACUCAACUGGCCUAAGAUCGCAUCAUCUAUACAACGUGAUUAUGCUGAUGCCAAGCAUCUUAUGGAUUACACGUCUAUAGCUGAUGCCAAGCAUCGUAUGUACUACACGUCUAUAGCUGAUGCCAAGCAUCGUAUGUAUUACACGUCUAUAGCUGAUGCCAAGCAUCGUAUGUAUUACACGUCUAUAGCUGAUAAGCAUCCUAUGUAUUACACGUCUACAACUGAUGCCAAGCAUCCUAUGUAUUACACGUCUACAACUGAUGCCAAGCAUCCUAUGUAUUCUACGUCUAUAGCUGAUGCCAUUAUGGUAGAGGAUAAGCGGUCGUGGCCUCUGAUGAUGGGAGGCACGGCUAAGAAACGUACCACCAAGGCAGCAUGCCCACACGACUUGGGCGAUCCACAGGGCAAUCCCUGGGUAGACAUCAACUGCUACAACAUCCACGACACCGCAACAUGGAAGGUAAGCUCUCACUACGAACAUCGUAUGUUCCGUCUUAAUACCGUGUAA